GCAGUCGUAUUCUAUCCCACUAUUAUUACUCCCAAAGAGUCUAAGGUUCCAGUGAUUUCACUUCAUCCUAGAGGCUAAAUGGGCUCCCCUGGACUCGCCUGGCAGAACUAACCACCUAAAAGAACGUUAUUGCAAGGGGAAAAUGCAAACAGGGUGAAGACAAGAGGCAUAGAUGAUGGACACUAAAACAAAGACCCCUCUUUUCAGCCUGAGUCCUAAACCUGAAGAAGCUACAGCCUGGAGCUCUAAACUACAUGAGUCUUUCCAAACGACAAGCCAAGAAGAUCUGUUGAAAGUUUCCUCUUAAGUUUCGUGGAGAGAGACUCAGGUAUAGAAAUAUCCUUACUGCCACCUGACCUGAAGCAGAAGAAAUCACUGACAGCUUCCAGACCAGGCCCAACAUGUGUAGCACCAGUGCGUGUGACCUGGAAGAAAUCCCCCUAGAAGACGAUGACCUAAACACCAUAGAAUUCAAAAUCCUCACCUACUACACCAGUCAUCAUGUCUUCAAGAGCACCCCUGCUCUCUUCUCGCCAAAGCUGCUGAGAACAAGAAGUUUGUCCCAGAGGGGCCUGGGGAAUUGUUCAGCAAAUGAGUCAUGGACACAGGUGUCAUGGCCUUGCAGAAAUUCCCAAUCCAGCGAGAAGGCCAUAAACCUUGGCAAGAAAAAGUCUUCUUGGAAAGCACUCUUUGGAGUAGUGGAGAAGGAAGAUUCGCAGAGCACGCCUGCCAAAGUCUCUGCUCAGGGUCAAAGGACGUUGGAAUACCAAGAUUCGCACAGCCAGCAGUGGUCCAGGUGUCUUUCUAAUGUGGAGCAGUGCUUGGAGCAUGAAGCUGUGGACCCCAAAGUCAUUUCCAUUGCCAACCGAGUAGCUGAAAUUGUUUAUUCCUGGCCACCACCACAAGCGACCCAGGCAGGAGGCUUCAAGUCCAAAGAGAUUUUUGUAUUUCAGGGUCUCCCCCAGCGCCAAGGCCACCGGCCUGUAGCUUCAAGUUCUAAGAAAGAUGAAGAAGAACAAAUACUAGCCAAAAUUGUUGAGCUGCUGAAAUAUUCAGGAGAUCAGUUGGAAAGAGAGCUGAAGAAAGAUAAGGCGUUGAUGGGCCACUUCCAGGAUGGGCUGUCCUACUCUGUUUUCAAGACUAUCGCAGACCAGGUCCUAAUGGGUGUGGACACCAGGGGAGAAUCAGAGGUCAAAGCUCAGGGCUUUAAGGCUGCCCUUGCAAUAGACGUCACAGCCAAGCUCACAGCUAUUGAUAAUCACCCAAUGAACAGGGUGCUGGGCUUUGGCACCAAGUACCUGAAGGAGAACUUCUCGCCAUGGAUCCAGCAGCAUGGUGGAUGGGAAAAAAUACUUGGGAUAUCACAUGAAGAAGUAGACUGAAAUAUCAGAUUUGUCAUCAGGAAUACUCUUUGUCUACUGUGGUCCUGUGCAUGUUGGCCUCAGAUGGACUACAAGAGAUUACAACAUACGAGGCAGAUGGAGCAUUGACGUUUUCAAAACCAUUAUUCCUGUGACUGGAGAGGCAUCAGGAGAGGCCUUGUUCGUCUCCAGCUCAUAAAAUGUAGCAGCAUGGUCCUUGACAGUGAUGUUUUUCAGGCCCUCCAUUGAGUACCUGAGGAAAUCUGUAAAGAUAAGUGGUGAUGUUGUUUCAAACGUUCAGAACAGAUACCAUCAUCCUGCCUUUGUUAGCUGCUGUAGGGAAAGUGUGUUACAGAUGUCUCCUGACCUCACAAGAGUGAAAAGAUAAACUGUGCAUGUGUUUACACUUCCGUUUCUAGUACUAUUUAUUUUUAAACUACACUUGGGGUGGCCUAAUACCUAGGAAGAUGUUGCUAUUCACGUUAGUAAACAGCCUAAAGAAACUCUUAGGUUUACUGCUACAUCCAUUUGUUUGGAGAGGUAACUGUUGUCUGUGCCUUUUUGAAAAACUUCCAUUUGGUACAAAAUUUUUACUCCAACACCCCCUCAACCCUUUUCUCAGGGACCAUACCUCUUCUUCCCAAGGUGCCUGGGACUUCAUCAUUCUUUGUGGUAGUACAAUGAUUGGUAGCAGGUAAAAUAAAUACAUGGAAAGACUACUGUCAAAAGAGUGUCUUCUGAUUAGUAAGUAGUAAGUCUUCUGAUUGAGUAUAAAAUGAGUUAAUUUACAUAAAGUGCUUAGAACACUUCUUGGUACUUAAUGUUAAGUCUUCACUUAUGGUCCCUAAUGUGUGCUGCCCUCAGCUAAGCUGCCAAUUUCCUCUCCUGUCAACGCAGUCACUGAUUGCUUUCCUGAGAUUGCGGCUGUUCAGUAUAAGGUUUUUUAGAAACAUGCUCAAUAGUAAGUGUUUAAGACACAAAACAAUUUUUAAAAUACUAUCAAAUUAUAAGGUCUUAUAAAUUUCUGGAUAUCUAGUACCCAGCAUAUGGCCUGAUGUCAAAUUGGUGCUUAAUAAACCUUUGAAGAACAAGUAAGUCAAUAAGUCAGACAUACUCUUAGGUUCAAGGGAAAACUGGAUCUAUCUAUUAUCAAAUGCUUCACUAGCCUACCUAUCUCAAUAAAAUGAGUUAUUCUCUUGUUUUCUUCUCCCACAUGAAAGUCAUCAGUGUUAGGGAUAGAGGAGUCUCCUUUUUUUUUGUUUUGUUUUGUUUGUUUUGUUUUGUUUUGUUUUGAGACAGACUCUCACUCUGUCGCCCAGGCUGGAGUGCAGUGGCGUCAUCUCGGCUCACUGCAACCUCCGCCUCCUGGGUUCAAGCAAUUCUCCUGCCUCAGCCUCCCAAGUAGCUGAGACUACAGGCACCUGCCACCACGCCCAGCUAAUUUUUUUUUUUGUAUUUUUAGUAGAGACGGGGUUUCAUCGUGUUAGCCAGGAUGGUCUAGAUCUUCUGACCUCGUGAUCUGCCCACCUUGGCCUCCCAAAGUGCUGGGAUUACAGGCAUGAGCCACCACGCCCGGCCAGAAGUCUCCUUUUAGACAUGGAGACACUGAAGACCACCUCUUCCUCCACUCUGAUCCCACCAUUCCAAACUCUUUGCAGUUCCCCAAAGGUAUUAUGCAACCUGGUACCUCUGAGCCUUCAUAACAAUAUCCUCUCUACUUGGAGUGUUCUUGCCUGAUGGCUUCCUUUCCCCGUUUCCACUAAAACAACUAACUCUAGCUCAUCUUUCCAAAUUUCCUCAAUUUCCUCCAGGACUCAUUUGCUAACCCUCCCUUGGCCAUCAUGUGGCUAUAUUUGGAUGCCUUUUCUCAUAAGAUGCUCCAAAUCACCCUGCAUGUAGACAUUAUGCUUAAUACAUUGCACCGUAAGAUUUGGUUUACCCAGUCUUUCUCAGUGGAUUGUAAAGUCGUUUGCAAACAGGUGCUAUGCCUAAUUUAACUUUAUAGAUCUAGUGCCUGGCAUAGUUUUGGCACACAGUUGCAGAACCAUACCCUCGUCUGACUGAUACAGCUUGUAAAUCAGUAUGACUGGAAUAUGCCCCAAGAUAUGUGUACUUACAACAAGCUCUCCACGUGUUUCCAGUAUCAUCUACGGCUUGUGGUCAAGAUGAAGUAACUAACAAGAUUUAAUCUCCUGCCUGAAAUAACUAAAAAAAAAAAAAAAAAAAAAAAAGACA